GCGUCACAUCGCUCCGCGCCGUGACUGAGUGAAGCUGCGAUGAGCGCGCGCGUCUUAAAACUUUUUGGCUCCUUAGAUUCGAUUCCUCUUUGAACGUAGCUCGCGCGCGUCUCCCCGACCGAAGAGCCCAGCCAACCUUUGGGAAUUUAACUUCCAAGGUCGCAGCUAAUUGGUGUGACUCCACGAUGGAGGAGGAUAACAGCGUCGUGCGUGAUUUGAAGGAUAUAGAGACAAAGUUGGGCCGAAAAGUUCCGGAGAGUCUCAUUCGCUCUCUUGCUGGAGGAAAACACGAAAAGUCAGCAGCGCCGCAUUUAGGGAACUGCAAAUGUUGCGCUAACUCUGCGGACUUAAAAAGACUGGAAAGCAAAAUGCUGUUCCUGAAACAAGAGAUGGCAAAUCUGCGAGCCAUUGACGUAAAGCUCAUGCAGCAGCUUAUGUCCAUCAACGAGGGCAUCGAGUCCAUCCGCUGGAUGAUAGAUGACAAAGGCAGCGUUGCCAGCCAAGAUGGCAGCCUGACCGGCAGCUUGUACAGCUUGUCGGACAGCCAGGACGGCGCCUCACUGCGAGGCAGCUUCAACAGUUUGAACGAUGGUAACAGCGACGGGCUGGAUGGUCUGUCUGUGGGUAGUUACCUGGACACACUAGCAGAAGACCUCCCGGAUGACCCCUCACCUACGGACCUCGAUUGCUUUGUGGAUAAAACUGUGAUCGAUGGCGACGCCUUUGCCAAAUCGCCUCUGAAACUCAGGGUGGAGUCGGAUGAAUAUUACUGCUUUGGAUAAUGAUGAUAAGCUAAAUGUGGUGGUUACAGAGGGACUACUGCAAUUUGUGAAGAAUGGUUUCAAAAAGUAUUCUUCCCUUUUUAAAAUGAAUGCUUUUUUUUUUUUUUUAAUUAUAGCAAGAUGUCUUACCCGAUGACUAAUGUUACAUUUUACUUUGAGAACACUUUCCUGAUGUUGUGGACUUAGACAUGCCUCUUCAAACCGUUCAUACUUAACAACAAUGUCUUAACACCUUAUAAUGCAGGUUAAUUAAAAAGGGUGCUUUAUUAUGAUUCAGAGUUAUAGUUAAUUUCAGCUAUCUAGCACCUCAGUGGCUGUAUCUUUCACAGUUGUUAGCCUAAAAGUAUUUUUAAAAGUUGAAAAAAUAUCGAACAGCCAAUUUUCCUCUCCAUCUGUGGAAAACCCGACUUGGAGCUUGCGUCAGGUGAGCUGCAAUCAGUUGAUCCGAGUAACGGGAGUAGAUUAGGAUUUAGCAGCCAUUUGGAAAAUUGGACAUUUCAUGCUGAGUGCUUGAGGAGGUAAAACAGUUUUCAAGUGGCAAAGUGAUUAGUCGAUGUGUCACAGCAAGUGCACUUUGCUCCCAUGCCAAAUCCUGAGCUCCACUGCUGUACGUGUUAAACUUUUAGCCAUUAUUAUUAUUUUACCGACAGGAGCUCCCAAGAUAAACUCCACUCAGCAGCAGCAGCAGCAGCAGAAGUUAAAGCAUGUAGCCUUAUACACAAGAGAUUAGUUGCACAUUUAAAGCUCAGAUUCUUGACUGAAAAACCAAAGCAGUUUGAUAGUCUCAUAGAUAAUUUAAGCCCGAGGCGGCACUGCUUUACCAGCAGAUGGGAGGUUUAUUGACGGUGGGCAUAUGUGAGACACGUGUUUGCUCUGUGGGCACAUUUUAAAUUCACUGCUGUUAAAGAGUAGUUUAAGGAGAGCUAUACACUGCUGUACAUAAAUGUGUUAUUUUAGCUUUAAAGCUCCUGUGUUGACAUGUUUGUACACUUGCCUGCUUUUUAAAGCAAAAGCUUCUUUUUUUUUUGGUUUUUUAAAAAAAAAUUGAUUCUUGAUGACUCUGUUGUGGAAAAUGAAAUAAUAUAUUAUUUUC